AUGCUCUCCCUCCUUUCAGCUCUGGUGCUGGCGGCGACCUCUGCCCUAGCCCAGAAUACCACGUUCACGAAUCCUGUCCUAUGGCAGGAUUUAGCUGACUUGGAGGUUAUUCGCGUUGAUGACACAUACUACUACACGGCUUCAACGAUGCAUUACUCCCCGGGAGCUCCCGUGCUCAAAAGUUACAACCUUGUCGACUGGGAGUAUGUGGGACAUUCAGUGCCCGAGCUCAUCUUUGGAGAAGAGUAUUACCUGAACAGUAGUACGAGCGCCUAUGUAGGAGGUAUCUGGGCUUCUUCGUUGAAGUACCGGGAAAGCAACGGCCUGUUUUACUGGUACGGGUGCAUCCAGUCGGGCGGAAUGAAGACCUGGAUUUUCACCGCGAGUGACCCGGCAGGGCCAUGGACUGCUCAAACGCCUAUUGACGAGUGCUUCUACGACUUGGGUGUCCUUGUUGACAACGAUGACACGAUGUAUGUUGCAUACGGAAGGUACAAUAUCAGCGUUGCUCAACUCUCACCUGAUGGGCUGAAGCCAGUCAGAAACGAGGUCGUGUGGGUUGACCCAGUGCGGUACUUGGAAGGAGCAAGAUUCUAUCACAUCGGUUCCAGCUACUACAUCUGGUUGACCAAGCCCGCCGACGGCCAGCAUGUCUUGAAAGCCGAUAACCCAUGGGGUCCUUACACAAACCGCACUGUUCUCGAUAGAAUGGCUUCCCCGAUUCCGAAUUCCGGAACACCUCAUCAGGGCGGCAUUGUAGAUACCCCCGAUGGUGACUGGUGGUACAUGUCAUUCUUAGACGCGUAUCCGAGUGGUCGCAUUCCAGUUCUGGCACCGCUGACAUGGGACGAAGAAGGUUGGCCUCACAUCGUUACGGAUGAAGUCGGGGGAUGGGGCGAAACUUACCCAAUGCCCAUCCAGACGGAAAAGAAGGUAAAGGCAGCUGGAGCGUAUACCGACAACUUCGGCAGCUCUGUUCUCUCGGCUGAAUGGGCCUUCAACCACAACCCGGACAACUCCGCGUGGGAGCUCGGUUCUGAAGGCCUUACACUACACACGGCCACCAUCACAGACGAUUUGUAUAAAGCGAGAAACACUCUUGCCCACAGAAUCCAGGGGCCCAAGAGCAGCGGCACGUUCCGACUGAAUCUCGGCAACAUGGUCGAUGGCGAUGUAGCUGGCGUCUCGAUCUUCCGCGACGAGUCUGCUUACAUUGGUUUCCGGAAGGUGGGCAAUGGUUUGAAGCUCGUUGUGGUUCAUGAUCUCAUCUUGUCGGAGAGUUCGGGCUGGCAGACCACCUCCAAUGGCACGAUCGUGGCUACCGCCACCGAAUCUGAAGUCGACCUAUCAGGGGUUGCCAACGGUUCUGCAGACAUCUACCUACGCAUAGUUGCAGACGUCCACCCGACCUUUGGAGUUGAGGCGGAUAACCCGAGUCAGCUGCUGUACAGCUUUGAUGGAGAGAAAUUCACUCAACUUGGACCGGACUACCCGCUACACAACAGGUGGCAAUUCUUCCUAGCAUUCCGUUUCGCGGUGUUCAACUAUGCUACAAAGUCUCUCGGAGGCUCAGUUGUGGUGAAGGAGUUUACUCUUGAGACUGUGAACUAG